AUGGCUCCUUCAGAGCUCAGGCCCCAACGCACCAACUCCAAAGGCAGCCUACGCAGUUUUGUGUCUGGGCUGUGGUCCACCAAGUCCAACAGCGACGGCACACAAAGGUACUCUGCGGUCGCCAAGGACCAAUCGCCGACGCAGGAACAACCGCAGGCCGAACCAGAACUAGACCAGCUACCGGACAGCAGAGAGGGGCUAGAAGGGAGACUCAAUUAUCACCUGAGUGAAUUAGACAGACUCCGAAGAAUGGUUGCUAAGACCAACGAGCACAUGAAGGAGGCCAUGUACCGCUUGGACGUGCAGGAGCACCUCAAAGACAAGAUUCCGUAUGCCUACCGCACUUUGUACGAUCUGGCUGUCUCUCUGCGCAUGCAGCGCGAUAGCUACAAACCCUUUGUGGCAUUUCACCGAGGAGAAAUCAUUCGCAUUGCUCGAGCACGGGAAGAAUUGGAUCAACGUCAAGGCAUUGAAGUACGAGAGUCCACUCGGGCCAUGUACAAAAAGCUGGAUCGAGGUCCGGAAUGGGCGGCGUUGUUUUCAUGA